ACAAAUAAACAAACAAACAAACAAACAAAAAUUGUGCAGGAGGGUCGCAGAAUUCUAGGCACCACACCAUGGGCAACUGUUUAGAGGUGUACAAGGUCACCCUGAGGAAUACUUCCGGUAUGUGCUCCCCCACCCAGGAGGAGAAGAAGCCCUACCCCAUCUGUAGCCAACACACGGAGCGUAAGGCCAUGGGCUUGCGCGAGGGGCUGGCCCGGAAACGUCUUUGUGACGACAUCAAGCCUCCUUCAGAAUCCCAACUCAAGGCUUUAGAAGAAAGUCUGCGAAAUUUGGAGGGUAUGAACAGCCCAUCGGGGCUGGGCACUACAACCACAGUCGUGUUCUCAGUCAACAAUCAUGUAGGACACCUGGCGAGCGCCUUAAAAAUAUUCCAGGAAAAUAAAAUUAACGUGGUCCACAUCGAAUCCCGGAAGUCGAGGCGCGCGGACGCCCUGUACGAUAUCUACGUGGACGUGGAGACUGACCACAUCCGGUUGGAGGAGCUGGUCAACCGUCUGAAGAGGGAAGUUGCCAGCAUCACCUUCAAUGAGCUCAACAUCUCCAUGACGCCGCCAGCGUUAACUAAAAAAGCCUGCAUGGAGAUGGUCCCAUGGUUCCCCCGGAAGGUCUCCGAUCUUGACCACUGCGCAAGUCACGUGUUGAUGUACGGGGCUGAACUGGACGCCGAACAUCCGGGAUUUAAAGACACCGUUUACCGACAGAGGAGGAAAAUUUUCACCGACCUGGCCAUGCAGUAUACACACGGCACUGAAAUUCCCUACGUGCAAUAUACAGAAGAGGAGGUUGCAACUUGGGGGACUGUUUUCCGUGAGCUGAUGAAACUUUAUCCGACACACGCUUGCAGAGAGUACCUGGCCAACAUCCCCUUACUUGUGGAGCACUGCGGAUACAGAGAGGAUAAUGUCCCGCAGCUUGAAGAUAUAUCAAGAUUUUUAAAAGAACGAACAGGCUUCACACUACGACCUGUGGCCGGCUACUUGUCUUCUCGAGACUUCCUUGCCGGGUUGGCUUUCCGAGUUUUUCACUGCACGCAGUACAUACGUCACAGAUCUGACCCCUUCUACACACCGGAGCCUGACUGCUGCCAUGAGCUGAUGGGACACAUGCCGUUGUUGGCAGACUCCUCGUUCGCACAGUUCAGCCAGGAGAUCGGCCUGGCUUCUCUAGGAGCUUCAGAUUCUGAUAUAGCCAAGCUCUCAACGUGCUACUUUUUCUCCGUGGAGUUCGGCCUGUGCAAGCAGGAUGGAGAACUGAGGGCGUACGGUGCCGGCCUUCUCUCUUCGAUCAGUGAACUGGGGCACGCCCUGAGUGACAAGGCCCUGAAGAAAGUCUUUGAGCCGCUGCACAUGUGCAAUCAGGAGUGUCUCAUCACCACCUUCCAAGACGUCUACUUCUUCACUGACAGCUUCGAGGAGGCCAAAGAAAAAAUGAGACAAUUUGCCGGGACCAUCAAACGACCGUUCGCUGUCCGAUACAACCCGUACACCGAGUCAGUCGACGUUCUGGACAGCACCCGGUGUAUCGCCAGUGUGGUCAGCGAGCUGAAGGGCGACCUCUGCAUCGUCAGCGACGCUCUCAAGCGCCUACAGGGCAUGGAGAUUUUCAAGUUCCAGGAGUCUACCCCUGUGCUAGGAAAAAACGGAGAAGCACACCAAGCCUCAUGAAGAACUGUUACAUCUACCUAACGAGAACACGUGUUUAAAUUCUUGAAAUCUCUAUGUUAGAUUAUUUUUAACAUAUUAUUCAAAUUCGCUAAUUAGCAAUUUUAGCACACUAUGUUAAUCCGUUCCUAACGAGUCUGUUCCUAAUGUCAAAUUUUCGCCUCUUGUCGGCAAUCUUCGGGUAUGUCCGAGAAGGUUCGUGAUUGUUUCCGGAACCGGAUUUGAUCUUCAGUAGGCCAAGAAUUCAAGUCCAAAUUAUACGAAGUAUAAUGUUGUAAUACUUCAUUAAUACAUUAAGGUAUUGCUAAAAUUCUAUGCUGUUUUAUUAAAAUAUGGUUUUUAUUAAUUUUUAAACAAGAUUUAAUUAUAAAGUUUUACUUCAUUUCUUAUAAUUAAGCAGAAAUAUGAUAUAGGUUUUAAUAUUUUAUUCGGUAAUUAGCCGGCCAUCCAAUUAGGGUAGAACUUAUUCCACGACAAAAGCCUUCAAGAAAUUGGAUCCUGGGUUCAUUUCUCCAACUGCCCCAAUACAAUAUGUUUUCACACAUCGUAGCAUGUAACACGUUCGCGUGUCAGGUCAUAUGACUGUCUCACGUGACUUUGUGCAUACCAAGGGAAAACAAAUUUUGUUAAUGAAACAUAGGAAACAUUUUUUAAUUGCGUUCAUCACCUGCAAAAAAACUGAUUCAGCGAAUUCUAUAAAAUUCAAAUGGGACGAAACGAAAUAUUUAUUCUCUAAAAAGUAUCAUUCUGUUUAAUUAAGUCUUUGCGUAAUGGUGGGGUCCUGAUUGUACUAAUUAUUAACAAUAAUGUUACAUGUUUUCUUUGUUAUGGGUUCUAAAAUAUCGUUUUUUUAUCAACACGAUCAGUGAAUACUUUUCUCCAAUUGAAAAUUUAAUUUAUAAUUCUUACAACUUAUUUUAUUUUUUUUUCUUCUGGUUCUG